GAGAAGUAAAGCAAUAAAAGGGAAGGAUGACGGUAGCAGAAGACAUACAACUCUGCGAGCCCGUCUCAGCUCCAUGUUCAGCCUCAGGCUUCCUCUGAGGGGCAGCAGAGACCCGGGAGCGAAAAACAACAGCCAUAACAAUGGGGUUAGCAACGUCCCCUCUCCUGGAGGACAAAGCUGCGAAGACAAGAGUACUGAGGUAAAGCAUGUGGAGGAGCAAAUAGGUGAGCUUGCAGAGGUGCCUAACAAGGAGGUGCACACAGAGGAGGAGCUCACCAAGGAGGGGCACACAAAGGAGGAGCUCACCAAGGAGGUGCACACAGAGGAGGAGCUCACCAAGGAGGUGCACACAGAGGAGGAGCUCACCGAGGAGAUGGACACAGAGGAGGAGCUCACCAAGGAGGUGCACACAGAGGAGGAGCUCACCAAGGAGGUGCACACAGAGGAGGAGCUCACCGAGGAGAUGGACACAGAAGAGGAGCUCACCAAGGAGGUGCACACAGAGGAGGAGCUUACUAAAGAGGAGGCACACACAGAGGCAGCACACAGAGAGAAGAAGCUCACAGAGGGUCCUGCAACGGAGGAGCCCAUUGAGGAUCACUCAGUGGAGUCUAAUAAG